UGCUCCUCGAUCGUCACACAAGUUUGUCAAGCCAUUGUGAAAGGUGUAAUUGUCUCCUCAUGGCGUGGGCGUGGCUCAUCGUGGCGCCACUGGUCGUUACACUGACGUCAGCACAGUUCACGCCAGGCUGCAGUUUCAGCAAUGGACAGUGUCUGUACAACGUUCAGCUGGGUCAUCUUGGACAGUGCGACCAGCAAAUCGCCAGUGGUUCCACCGCUGGAAAUCAGUGCUGUGAAAAUCUGCAAAGUCAAGUUAACGGUCUAGCAUCUGACGUCAGUGUUUUGAAAGCACAGGUGUCGACGUUGAUGAGUGAGCUGCAGUCAGCCAAGAGCAAUGCCAGCGGGUCUCAGAAAGAACUCUCGGAGGACGAAGCUCGCAUCCAGAGUUUGCUGGCAACCCUUAUGCAGAAAGAAAAAGAACUCAACUCCACUCAGCACCAGUUCUCUCAGACAAUACAACAAGCAGGCGAUGAGAUCAGGAGCUUGAGAGCAACUGUGGCUCGCUUAACUUCUGAACUGAACACGUGCAAGGGCGUGCUGGGGAUGGCAACAGGGACAGCUACAGCUGCUCCUCUAGUUCUUCCAAGCGAUGUAGCUUGUUCUUCUGUGACUUCGAAUUCCACCCCAGUAUCAGCAACGACACCUUCUGCGGCUUUAAGCAUACCCCGGUCGGUGUCGGACUUCGAGAGAGCACAAGGCAGUUGGUCGAACUUUACAGGCCCUGUAGAGGAUCGAACUUUCGGAGCGCCCUCUGGUCACUACGUGCUGCUGAACUCCACGAGGAUUGGAGAGAAGAGUUCAAUAAGUCAUCUGAACGAUUUGGCAGUGCUGACGUCAGAAGUGUUCCCACCAGCCUCAGGCUACUGCAUCCGGUUUUCGUACAACAUGUACGGAAAGGAUGUCAAAGAACUGAACGUCUACGCUAAGAUCGAGUCAGGGUCAGGUCUCGGGUACCCGAUCUUCUCCCGCACCGGAAAUCAGGGUCAGUUGUGGCAUUUGGGCGAAGCCAACCUUGACAGCGAGUACACCGCUUCUCCGUUCCGCGUGACUUGUGUUCACGGCAAGCACAUCUGCUUACCAUUCUUAUGUAUACCCUACCAAUACGACUAUAACGGCGCCAUAGCGGUUGAUGAUAUCUACGUGUACAACACCAGUUGUGGAAAUAUUCCCCGUUGCCCUCCUAAUUCUGUGACUCGGGUGAACGGAAGUGUGACGAGCUGUUACACAUUUCACGUGGAGGCGGUCAGCUGGUACGACGCGGCCGUUGCGUGCAGAAGACAGGGCGCUUCCGUCAGCCUCGUCACCGUGCAGUCACUGGACGAGCAGAAGUUCCUCAUCCAGGCCAUCAAGAACAGCACAGCUCUGUCCCUGGCCGGUCAAUCCGGUUUCUACACAGGAGGCAACGAUGAACGUGUGGAGGGAAUGUUCGACUGGACAGACUCGGGUACUCCGUACCACACCAUCUAUAGCAACUGGAAAAGCGGACAACCCAACAACGUGGCUGGGGACCAGAACUGCCUUCUCCUGCAGUAUCCGGAGCUGGACUUCCAGUGGGGUGAUGUGGACUGUGACGAGAAGCAUCCCUUCAUCUGCGAGACUAAAUACCCGACACCCACGGAAAGUGCCUCAAGCGCCGGCUUGAUUGGAUAAAAUGUAGAGAAUUCUAGCUCCCUGGAAAUUUUAGCUACAGUUUCAAGUUUCACAGACUUGUAUGCUGGAGAAGCUAAAUAGUCUCGGUUGAAAAAUGCAAGUUUAGAUAAAAUUAAAGGCAGUUCCAAAAUCA